GGCUACUUCGUAUGUGGGAUUCACAAUAAUAGCAAAUACUUUCGAAUACACUAUCUUAUUUGAGCCUCAUCACAGCCAGGGAACUGACUGACCUCUUACCAAUCUCCUACUAUGAAAGCCACGGAGGACCAGAUUGUUCUGGAAGAACAAGAAUUCCAAGAUGAUGAGGAAUCAUUGUUUCAAGACAUUGACCUGUUACAAAAGCAUGGCAUUAACAUGGCUGAUAUCAAGAAAAUGAAGUCAGCGGGGAUCUGCACGGUCAAGGGGAUCCAGAUGACCACCAGAAGGGCCCUGUGCAACAUCAAAGGCCUCUCUGAAGCCAAAGUAGACAAGAUUAAAGAGGCAGCCAACAAGCUCAUCGAGCCGGGGUUCCUGACUGCCUUCGAGUACAGUGAAAAGCGGAAGAUGGUUUUCCAUAUCACCACAGGAAGCCAGGAAUUUGAUAAGCUGUUGGGUGGUGGGAUUGAAAGCAUGGCAAUUACAGAAGCUUUUGGGGAAUUUCGAACAGGAAAAACCCAACUUUCUCACACCCUCUGCGUGACAGCUCAGCUUCCAGGAGCUGGAGGCUACCCAGGAGGAAAGGUGAUCUUCAUCGAUACAGAAAAUACUUUCCGUCCAGACCGUCUUCGAGACAUCGCCGACCGCUUUAAUGUAGAACAUGAUGCUGUCCUGGACAACGUGCUCUAUGCUCGUGCUUAUACCAGUGAGCAUCAGAUGGAGCUGCUUGACUACGUGGCUGCCAAGUUCCAUGAGGAGGCUGGCAUCUUCAAGCUUCUGAUCAUUGACUCAAUCAUGGCGCUCUUCCGAGUGGAUUUCAGUGGCCGAGGAGAAUUAGCAGAGCGGCAGCAGAAAUUGGCCCAGAUGUUGUCUCGACUUCAGAAGAUAUCAGAAGAAUACAAUGUGGCCGUGUUUGUGACCAAUCAGAUGACGGCUGAUCCCGGAGCGACUAUGACUUUUCAGGCAGACCCCAAAAAGCCCAUUGGGGGUCACAUCCUGGCUCAUGCGUCAACAACAAGGAUCUGCUUGCGAAAGGGAAGAGGAGAGCUUCGCAUCGCCAAAAUUUAUGACAGCCCCGAGAUGCCUGAAAAUGAAGCCACCUUCGCAAUAACAGCUGGAGGAAUCGGGGAUGCCAAGGAGUAGGUGGAGAAUUGGUGUGGAUCCGGAUGGCAGAACAGGCUUGAUCAGGCCCGAAGAAAGGGAAAAAACCCACAGAUUCAGAGCAUAAAAACAGGGUUUGUUUUUUCACAUGAUUCAGAGCGUUGACUAAUGGGAAGUGGGUAAAAGAGACAAAAAUUAUUCCUUGCCUUUUAAGUACCUGGUUCCUCUCAUUUCUUCCUUUCAAAGUGUGCCUCCCGAUUUGCAAUUCUCAGAAGAGACAUUGCAGAUCAACCCAAAGAGUUCUGCCCCACAGUUUCCUGGGGUACUUCCAAAACCAGGGGAGCUUUGUGUAUGUUAAGAUAGAGAGGCUCACUGGGCUUAGGAGAAAACUGUACUGAGAAUAUCAGAGCAUCUGCAUGACCGUGUUGUUAUUAGCAACAGUAAAGCAAGUCACUGUUUAGGGGUUGGCUUCCAGCAGCAUUAAAUGGUUUUUAAAGAAACCCCAGAAAUCCACCCCAUAAAUUGCUUUUUGAGGGGAAGAGAAGGAGGGCAGAGAAGUGCCUUUCGGAGAAUUGUUUAGAAAGUUCCAACUUGUCAGAUUUUUUAAUGAAUUGUAAAGUUUCAGAAUGUAAGAUUUUCAGUGUUUAAA